UAACACCAUGAGUAUAUAAUUUGAGAUAUUUACGAAAUUUACUCGAAAUGGCGGGAGUAAAAUGGGUAAUUUCGAAUUCCAUAUAGAAAUUUAUGGAAAAUAAGAACCCAAUUGGUAGUAUAGUCUUAGGCCCAACGUGGUGGUGGAGCGAGAAUGCGAGCUUUACAAAGCCUACUGGCGUUGUCAAGCCGAAACACGAAGAGACCAAAAACAAAACCAAAAAAAAAAAAAGUUUUAUAAUUCACUUAGAUGGAAAUAUAAAAGCGACGAACAAACAUAAUAAAUCUGUACAUUCAUCAUCAUCAUCAUCCUUGUAAAAAAUUGAGAUUUUGUUUCUGAAACUAUAAAACCAAAAACCCUAAUUUUGAAAAACGAAUGAUGAAAUGAGAGGAGAAUGGCCCGGGAACACGGAACGAGCGGGCACCCAUGGGGCACGUUAGAGGAGCUUUUACUAGUGUGCGCCGUGAACCGCCACGGCACCAAGAGCUGGGACUCCGUCGCCAUGGAGGUCCAGACCAAGAGCUCCUCCACCUUUGCCUCCACGCUCCUCACUGCUCAGGACUGUAGAGACAAGUUCGACGACCUCAAACGACGAUUCGUAUCAAAAAACGACAACCAAUCGCACAGCUUGGGCCAAAUGGUUGACGAGCUCCGGAACCUUCGAGUCGAUGAGCUCCGCCAUGAGGUCCACCGUCGCGACGUUUCGAUCGUGUCGUUGGAGUUGAAGGUGAAGAGGUUGGAGGAGGAGAGGGAGCGGAGCUUGAAGGAGGAGGCGGAGGCCCAUCCUAACAACGAUCUCCAAAGCGGCGGAGAGGAUCAGCUAGAGGCUUCACCGGAGAAUAUCGCCGGCGAAACAAACUCCGGCGAAGACUUCGACUCCGACGAGCGCGAGAACCGAUCCUUCAACGAGUCCAAUUCAACGAGCCAACGAGGCGAAGCGAAAGAAAACAGCGUCGUGGCAAAACAAUCGAAGGAAGAGGAGCCCGGACCGGACGGAAACGAACCAGAUCGGGUUCGAACUGGAACCCGGACCGAACCGGAUCGCGAUUGCUCUGUUAACGGUAAAGUAAUCGACGAUGAGAAGGAAGACAAUAAAAAAGGUGGUGAAACGGUGGGGGCGACUCAACUCGGCGAGUCGAACGAGUUUUGGGAAUCGGUGAGUGAGUCGAAGCGGGAGGGAAAGAGGGGAGGAGUGGCGUCGAAGCAGAACAGCGACGUGCAGAGUUCAGCGAGCUUGUCGAAGAGGAAACGACGUCGUGGAGGCGGAGGUGGUGAGGGAGGAGGGAGAAGGAGUAGGAGUAGGAGUAGCAGCGGCGAAGAGGCCGAGGGUGACGAAGUUUCUCCCGCCACCAGCAAAGGGAUUAAGCCUAAGCUGGUUAAACAUGAGCCGUUGAUCAAGGUCAUCCGGAUAAUCCGCUCGCAUCGGCUCGGCUCCGUAUUCGAGCGUCGGCUUCGGAGCCAGGAAUCAGAAAGAUACAAAAGCUUGAUCCGGCAACACAUGGACCUGCAUGAGGUUCAAUCCAGGCUUAACAAAGGGGUCUACACAGAUUGCACCCACAAGUUCUUCCGCGACCUCCUCCUCCUGUUCAACAACGCCGUCGUUUUCUUGCGCAAGACUUCUCCAGAGCACAUGGCAGCUCAAGAGCUACGAGCCAUUGUGCUAAAGGAAAUGACGGACCAGCUACCAAAACCACAACCCGCGAUCGAUACGGUAAAGCUCCAUGCACCCAAGUUAGAAUCCAAAGUACCCAAGAUAGAACCCGAUAGCUCUGUGAAACCCAGCAAGCCCUCCAUUGUUGUGUGUGGUUUACGUCGUUCUGCCAAUGGAGGUGGCGGAGCGAAGAACAGGAAGGGAGAUAAAAGGGAAAGAGGGGAGGUUGAAGAGAAAGGAAAGGCGAGUGAGGUUGAGGACAAGGGGAUUAGGAAGAAAAGGACCCAAGAAAGAGGCGGGCCGAGGGGGUCGCGGAGGGGCAGCAGCAAGAAUGUGGGAAAAACGGAGCAUGCGUAUGGUGGAAAUGAGCUUAGUUCCCAUGAUGGUUUAGAGGAAAUGAAAAUGGAGAAGAUCGAAAAUGCGAAGACAACAAAGCAAGGCGCGGCAAGGACGUUCUUGAAGAGAAUGAAGCAGAACUCUACGAGCACCGUAGUGAAGAGAGGGAGCUCGGAUGUUUCGGAGGGUGGUGAGAGUGAGGAUAGCAUGGUAGAGGAGGAGGAGAAGAAGCAGAAGGGGAAGACGAAACCGGACGAGAGGAAAAAGAGGGUGACCCGGAGUUCUACUGGGAGGAGGGGAGGGAGAGGAGGGGGAAGAAGAAACGAGGAGAGCAGUGGGAGGGCAAAGAGAGGGGUUGGGAGACCCCCGAAAAGGCCGGAGACCACAGAGGCUGGAAAUGGAAGUGGGAAAAGAGGGAGAGGCAAUGGUGAGGCUGAUCAGAUGGGGAGUGCAGGAAGGCCUAGAAAGCGCACAAGGAGGUGAUGGCCAUUGUUUGUAUCCUGUAAAUUAUUUUUGGUGUGUUUUGGGUUUCUGCUCUCGUUUUGUUGCUAAUGCUAGGUUUUCGUAGUGUCUUUUAGUUUUUCGCCCAAGAAGGCGAGAAUCAAACACAGGAGAUAGAGAGACAGACAUAGAUGUAUUGUGAACUUGUAGAACGUUUGUGGCAUCCAUUGCCUAUACAAAGGUUUUGAUGUGUAGCAUCAAUGAGGAGGUCCGUUUUCUAGUUUCCAUU